CUCUUCAUUCCCCCUCUUCCUCGCUUUCUCUUACUCUUCCUACACCCCUUUUCUAUCUCCUUUCCCCCUCUCUGUCCUGCCCAUCGUUCCUGAGUUGGGGGUGAGCUCAGCUGCACCCCGCAUGCUGGUUCCACCCUAUUAGCCCUAGAAGAAGCCCCCAAAGGCUUCAUUUUGUCCACCCCCCCCCGAAAGGGGGCAGUAGGACAAAGUGGGUGGGUAAUCGUGCUGGGGGCUUAGCCGGGCAAUGGAGCAGCCGGAGGACAUGGCGUCAGUGAGUGAGUUCGACUCCCUGGCCGGCAGCAUACCAGCUACCAAAGUGGAGAUCACCGUGUCCUGCAGGAAUCUCUUGGAUAAAGACAUGUUCUCCAAGUCAGACCCAUUGUGUGUGAUGUACACUCAAGGAAUGGAGAACAAGCAAUGGAGGGAGUUUGGAAGGACAGAGGUGAUUGACAACACACUGAAUCCGGACUUUGUGCGCAAAUUUAUACUGGAUUAUUUCUUUGAGGAGAAACAGAACAUCAGAUUCGAUCUGUAUGAUGUGGAUUCUAAGAGUCCUGAUCUCUCCAAGCAUGAUUUCCUGGGUCAGGCCUUCUGCACUCUGGGAGAGAUUGUGGGGUCCCCUGGGAGUCGUCUGGAGAAGCCCCUCACGAUAGGAACAUUCAGCUUGAAUGCCAGGACUGGCAAACAUAUUCCAUCAGUAUCAAAUGGCGGGGUCCCUGGGAAGAAGUGUGGUACCAUUAUCUUGUCAGUGGAGGAGCUGAGCAACUGCAGGGAUGUUGCCACAAUGCAAUUCUGUGCUAACAAACUGGACAAGAAAGAUUUCUUUGGUAAAUCUGACCCCUUCCUGGUGUUCUACAGAAGCAACGAGGAUGGAACGUUCACCAUCUGCCACAAGACAGAAGUCAUGAAGAACACUCUGAAUCCCGUGUGGCAGACUUUCUCCAUCCCUGUGAGGGCCCUCUGCAACGGGGACUACGACCGGACCAUCAAGGUGGAGGUGUAUGACUGGGAUCGGGAUGGCAGCCAUGACUUCAUUGGAGAAUUCACCACUAGCUACCGGGAACUGGCUCGUGGGCAGAGUCAAUUCAACAUCUAUGAGGUGGUAAACCCGAAAAAGAAAAUGAAGAAAAAGAAAUACCUGAACUCUGGCACGGUAACACUACUCUCCUUCGCAGUGGAGUCGGAAUGCACAUUCUUGGAUUAUAUCAAAGGAGGGACUCAGAUCAAUUUCACGGUUGCCAUUGACUUCACUGCCUCCAAUGGCAACCCUUCCCAAUCCACUUCUCUACACUACAUGAGCCCAUACCAGCUGAAUGCCUAUGCCCUGGCGCUAACGGCCGUGGGUGAGAUCAUCCAGGACUACGACAGUGACAAGAUGUUCCCAGCCCUGGGCUUUGGGGCCAAGCUUCCUCCUGAUGGCAGAGUUUCCCAUGAAUUCCCACUGAAUGGCAAUCCAGAUAACCCCUCUUGCUGUGGUAUUGAUGGUAUCCUUGAGGCCUAUCACCGAAGCCUUCGCACUGUGCAGCUCUAUGGCCCCACCAACUUUGCCCCAGUGGUCACUCAUGUGGCCAGGCAUGCAGCAACUGUGCAGGAUGGCUCCCAGUAUUCCGUGCUGCUGAUCAUCACAGAUGGGGUCAUCUCAGACAUGGCGCAGACCAAGGAAGCCAUCGUCAAUGCUGCCAAACUCCCCAUGUCCAUUAUCAUCGUGGGCGUUGGCCAGGCUGAGUUUGAUGCCAUGGUUGAGCUGGAUGGUGACGACAUUCGGAUCUCCUCCCGGGGGAAGUUAGCAGAGCGGGACAUUGUCCAGUUUGUGCCGUUCCGGGACUACGUGGACCGAACGGGGAACCACGUGCUGAGCAUGGCCCGCCUGGCCAGGGACGUGCUGGCGGAGAUCCCGGACCAGCUGGUCUCCUACAUGAAAGCGCAGGGCAUCCGCCCCCGCCCACCCCCGGGCCCCGCCGCCCGCCCCCCGUCCGGCUCCCCUGCGCGCACUCCCCCCGCCUCCCCCCUGCGCGCCCACAUCUAAGGCCGGGCCCGGCAGGUGGGAAGGAGGUGGGCUCCCCGGGACACCCCGCGCGCACACUUACACACACUUACACACUCACACACUCACACACACUCACUGAGGUCCAAGCUCCCUUUGCUACCGCGGCUUCUCUGGCAAGUCACUCGCCCUCGGGGUGGGGCAGAGGAGCGACGCUUUUCUCAUUUGUUAAAUGAGACUGGGCCGGCGCGCCUCCAAGGCCCUUUCCCACCGCGUCCGCGGAUCCGCGACGGCCCGAGGGGGGAGUGCAAGGAGAGAGCCUGAGACCCCCUGGGUAGGCCCCGUCCCGUGCCUCUGACUGCCCGCCCCCCCCCCUGCACCAGCCCGGCGUGCCCUCCACCCAGAGCCCCGGCUCUUCCUCUGUCCCCCCUCCCACCCCAGCCCAAACAUCUGGCCCUCCCGAGGCGGGAGGCAAUGACCAGGGGCAGGGACCGGAGAGUGUCCAGGCUUGGCGCCCCAAAGCAGCGCCCCCGGGGCUGGGUCCCUCCGGAAUCCCUGAGCCCCCGGCCUCCGUGCCCUUGCCAAAUGAGGUGGGGCCGUUUGCGGGCAGACCUCGGCUCUCAAGGACAGAAGGCGUGAGCCUUUCCCUUCCCCCACAAAGGAUUUCCCAGGAACUCCAGAGCCCAGGGCUCCUUCUGCUGGAGCUGAGCCAAUCGGAUGGGGAGCUUCUGCCAGCCCUCACCCCCACCCGCACCUGCCCGCUCCCUCCUGACCCAGUUCCAGGGGGACCGGAGGAGGGAGGGGCUCUGAAACCUUUCCACUCUUCCUCUCUCUGGCUUAGAUCCUGGCCAGUCCGCUUCGGGAGGGUGCUUAAGGAUCUGCCAGCCGGAAAAAUGGAAAGGAGGGAGGGGGCUGUGGGGGCUGUGGGGCAACCAUCUUCUGACAAAAGUUAGAUGCAAAUUAGAGGGGGCUGCCAAGCACGGCCUUCCGUCUCCCCUGGUAACCUGACCCCUUUCCUUGCCAGCCACAUACCUGUCCUCCGCUCCCAUUUCCAUUGCUAAGUUUUUGCCCCACAAUAGCUUAUGAUACGGGGAUAUUUGCAGGAUGUUGGAGAGUCACUGAAGACCUCUAAACUAGACCCAAAGAAAUGAACCUUAAUAGUGGGAUUUCAUAUCCUGGAAAGAAAAGAAAUUUGGGGAAUAGAUGCAGCAAAAUGUGUGCCUCCCUCUUCCAUGACCCUGAAAAUCCAUGUCCCCAGUACCCAGGACAAGUUUUCCCUCACUGGAGUAAUGUCUUGUCAUAGUCUGUGCCAGAUAGGGACCCCUUUGAGUAUGAGGUACCCCAGCUCCAUCCAGUUCUAAUUCCUGCCCUAGGAGAAGCGGGCCCCACAGCCCCAGAAGCGGCUUUCUGGUGGGGGGGCUAUGUCUGGCCCAACCUGGGAAGGUGUUCUCUCUGGGUGACAGGUGAACAUUAAGAAGCUGCCCCCAUGCCCACCCUUGACCCCCAAGUAGGUAGUCAGUGAUGCAUGCCAGUCCAUUCUGCUGCAUGGGGCUGCCUGUGCCCACUGAACACUCAGCCUCCCUCCGGGCCCCAUUUGAGACACUCCCUUGUCUGCCGGGCUCCCAAGUAAAACAUCUGUGCCCAAAGUGCAGGCCUCCCUGCUUGGGAGCCUGCCUACGCUCAGUCCAGCUUUGUUGUUCUUUGUUCUGUGCAUGAUGGUCAUAUUUAUAACCUGUGUUGUCCCUUGCUGGAGUCUUUGGUGGGAACUGCUGUGUAUUGAUACUGCCUUAAAAUGAAAUAAAUUGGGUCCUUUUACUAAAA